AUGCAGAUUGAGAGACCCUUACAAAAACAUGGUGGUAGACUUGCACAUGAUGAGAAGUAUUGUGGUUCAUGUUUUGGUGCAGAAGAGUCAGAUGAACAAUGUUGUAAUUCUUGUGAAGAAGUGCGUGAAGCAUAUAGGAAAAAGGGAUGGGCACUGUCAAAUAUGGAUUUGAUUGAUCAGUGUCAAAGAGAGGGUUAUGUGCAAAGGGUAAAGGAUGAAGAAGGUGAAGGAUGCAAUAUUCAAGGAACUCUUGAAGUUAAUAAAGUGGCAGGAAAUUUUCAUUUUGCAACUGGCAAAAGCUUUCUUCAGUCUGCUAUAUUUCUGGCCGAUCUGCUUGCUUUACAGGAUAAUCAUUAUAAUAUAAGUCAUCGAAUCAACAAAUUAAGUUUUGGUCACCAUUUCCCUGGAUUGGUUAAUCCUCUUGACGGUGUAAAGUGGGUGCAAGGACCAACUCAUGGCAUAUACCAGUAUUUCAUAAAGGUGGUCCCUACAAUAUACACAGACAUUAGAGGUCGUGUUAUCCAUUCAAAUCAGUAUUCUGUGACUGAGCAUUUCAAGAGUUCAGAGCUGGGUGUUGCAGUUCCUGGAGUUUUCUUCUUUUAUGACAUAUCGCCCAUCAAGGUCAACUUUAAAGAGGAACAUAUUCCAUUUUUACAUUUCCUGACCAAUAUUUGUGCAAUUAUUGGAGGUAUAUUUACUGUUGCGGGGAUCAUAGAUUCAUCAAUAUAUUAUGGUCAGAGAACAAUCAAGAAGAAGAUGGAGCUUGGAAAAUAUAGAUGA